GCUGCCUCCUGUUGCUGUGGUCUUGGCCUGUUCUAUAUAAGAGUGUGUGUGUGUCCUGACCUGUAUAGUACACGCUAGGUGUCUGUUUUCCCUGUACAGCCAUGGCUCCGCGCGUCGGCUGUCUCCUCCUGCCCAUCCUCUUCAUUGCAUCAGCAAGAGUCAUCUUGGUUGAUGCACAUAAAUGCGGCGAUCCACCAGAAGGCGACCCUUGUACUGCUGACCCGGCCAUAACAUGUGCCGGCUGUGGGGAAGGCGCAACAGUGUCGGACCCUUUUGACUGCACCAGUUUCUAUGUGUGCGAUGGUGAAGGCGACUACUUAUACCUUGACCCCCUUCCCUGCCCGGACGGUUAUAUAUUCGACGAGAUUGAGAGAGGUUGCAUCAUAGGCGGCAGAUGCUCGUUUAACUGCGGCAAGCCAGGCAAAGGCGGGAAUUGCCUUUAUAGCUGUGAAGCGAAUUAUGGCAGAAAGAUAUCCGAUCCAUUUGACUGCAGCGUGUACCACCAAUGUACUGGUACAGAGCCUGGGCCGGCUAUAACUUGCCCUGCUGAUGCACCGUACUUUAAUGGGGAGAAAUGUGAUGUGGAUGAGUCUCUCUGCUGCCACUGCCGCCCCUACUGCUACGCUGAUGACGCAGGCAAGUACGUAGAGGACCCCACAGACUGCCGGAAGUACUUCGAGUGCGUAAGAAAUCAUGAGAUACCGAAGUACGGUGGUGAGUGUAAAGAUGGAGAGCACUUUGAUUUGCACGCCAAGCAGUGUAGCAGCACGGCGCCGUGCAUGACGCUGUGCAGGAACGUGGUAGACGGGGACGGCUGCAUCGACUCGUACACGUGCCAGGAAAUAGGCUACUUCCCCAAAUGUAAGACACAGUGCCUGAGGGAAUACUACCACUGUGUGGAGGUCAGUGACGACUACGCCACGCCGGAGAGGUGCCCCAAUAACCUUGUCUUCAACCCUGACACUCUGACAUGCAUCAAGAACGAGACGUGUCCUUAUAAUUACAAGUAGCUUCCCCGCUGGCCCUGUACCCGCCUGGCUGCUGCGGCGCCACCUGCCUCAGUUAAGUGUUGGGCAGCACCUUUGUCUCCUGGGUCAAUACAGUGCUGUGGCGGGGAAGUGUAGAGCUUGGCUUGCACGGACAGUGAACCAUACACACCCUUGGGAAAUGAAACCCUCACCAAGACACUCAAACAGUCUUCAGUAAGCCAGUCAGUCAGCCAGUCAGCCAAUCAGUUAGUCAGUCAAUUAGCCAGUCAGACAUUCAGCUUGUCUGUCAAUCAGUCAAUGAUCACAGUCCAUCCCAGCCACGCCUCAUAACAAAUUGCUUGCUUCCCACGUUUUGAACCAGUAAAGGUGAAUGGUCCAGUUGCCAGGCACACACACACACACACACACACACACACACACACACACACACACACACACACACACACACACACACACACACACACACACACACACACACAC